UCAGCACAAGCCCCGCCCCACCGGGCGCGAGUGGGGGACGGGGCAUCCUUCUCCCUCUCUAGCCCCUCCCACGCGUCCGCGGCCGUAGUCGCCUCGUCCCGUCCGCCCGCCCGCCCGCCCGCAAUGCCGCUCGCGCAGCUGCAGGACAUGCGGGAUCGCCUCUCCGACCACAUACGCCCCUGGAGCCGCUCCGCGCAGUUCUGGGUCCGCGCCGCCGACAUCUACACCAGCUACAAGGUGUGCCAACUGCGGGCGGGGUUCGUGAAGGAUGAGGAGGAGCGGGAGGCCAUAUGGGAGCAGCAACACGAGGUCGGCGCGCAGAAGAUGUACUCCCUCUGCUCUGAGCUCGGCGGCCUCUUCCUCAAGGCUGCUCAAAUUCUGGGUAAGCCCGAUUUGGCGCCGAUGGCUUGGGUGAAGAGACUUGUUAUGCUGUGUGAUAAGGCUCCAGCCACGCCAUUCGAUGUGGUUAGAGAUGUUGUGGAUAAACAGUUCGGGAAGAACUUUGAUGAGAUAUUUGAAUUCUUCGAUGUCGAGCCUGUUGGGUCUGCUUCUAUUGCACAGGUGCAUCGAGCAAGGCUUAAAUUAUCAAAGACAGACGUUGCUGUCAAGGUUCAACAUCCAGGAGCUGAACAGCUGAUGAUGGUUGAUAUCCGGAACAUGCAAGCAAUGGCCUUGUUUUUGCAGAAGUAUGACAUCAACUUUGAUCUUUACUCUGUCACCAAAGAGAUGGAGAAGCAGAUAUGCUAUGAGUUUGACUUUCUGCAUGAAGCGAGGGCAAUGGAAACAAUACGAGAAUUCUUACGUGUCACCAAUAAGAAACCUCCGGUUAUGGUGCCUCGUGUGAUUCCUGGAAUGGUUAGCAGGGAGGUUCUGGUAAUGGAAUUCAUUGAAGGGACCCCAAUAAUGAAUCUUGGCAAUGAAAUGGUUAAAAGGGGCAUAGAUCCUGGUGGUAAGAUUGCAGCAAUGGCAAAGCAGAAGAUUUUAUCAGAUCUUACACUUGCUUAUGGUCAAAUGAUCUUGAAGGAUGGUUUUUUCCAUGCAGAUCCACACCCAGGAAACAUCCUUAUCUGUAAGAACACAGAGGUGGCUUUACUUGAUUAUGGACAAGUGAAAGAAAUGCCAGAUGAUUUACGACUUGCUUAUGCAAAUCUCGUAAUUGCAAUGGCUGAUGAUGACUUUUUGAGGGCUGAAGAAAGUUUCAGGGAGCUGGGUAUCAAAACAUGGACCAUAGCUGAUAAUGAGCUAGAAGAACUGUUUCAAUUAUCCCUGAGAAUGUUUGAUACAAGAUUACCACCUGGUGUAACUUUUAUGUCACCCUUUGCUGAUGAUUCUUCACUUAAUAAAAUUGGAGUGCAGAGCUUCCCAGAAGAGCUAUUUUCGGUGCUUCGAACAAUACAACUUCUGCGUGGGCUGACUGUAGGGAUGGGCCUUAGAUUCUCGUGUGCUCAGCAAUGGAAACCAAUCGCUGAGGAAGCUUUGUUAAAAGCUGGGAGACUAAGAGCUGCAAAAUCAAGAAAGCAAAAGAGAAGUUUUCUCAGAAGAAUGUUUUGGUGAAGUAGAGAUAGCAAGGACCAAACAACGUGGUAUAUGAAACAUUUUCGAAGAGCUAGAUGAUAGCAUCUUUUAGAUUAGACUUUUUU